CACACACACACACACACACACACACACACUCUCUCUCUCUCUCUAGGUACGUGCGCGCCGCGGACGCCAAAUAGUGGUUCGCAUAUUCAGAGAUAGCGACGUCGCUCAGCGCGAUCGCCCCUGAUUUAGGCCCUCGUCUCGUCCCUCUCUCCCUCCGCCCCUCGCGUCGGUUGACGUUGUCUCUCUCUCUCCCUCUUUCCCUGUCGCCCUCUCUUACUCGCGAGCUCACCUCCCCUUCGUCACCGACCGCGCUUCUCCCCCGGUCGCUCGCUCCGCCGUUCCAUCUUCCCUCGCGAGCCCGCGCACAAGCUCAGGCGAGCGUGUACGUGAGAGCCGGGCGCGCGCGUACACGCGGGACACAUGCACGCGCACGCACACAGACCCGCGCGGGUCCACGGAUAACGUCCUCGAUACGCCGCGCGGCACCGGCGGCACGACAUCGAGGCGCUCCGAAAAGCGCUAUCUCGCAGCACCUCGCUCGAAGCCUCGACUAAUCAGCGCUUCGAUCCGUGCUUUCGAGCGUCCUACUUUGAUCAUCGCCCGGCUCGCUCGUUCCCUGUGAGCGCGACGCUCGUGUAACGACGUUGUACCGUGUAUAAAUCCGGAGAUCCACGAUCCGCGCAAGGAAGCUCUCUCUCUCUCUCCCUCCCUCCCUCUUUCUCUCUUUUUCCCGUCGAGGGCGCGAAUCGCGCGACGCACGACGCCGGCAACGAGAUACGUCGAUGAGAGAGCGAUAUAUUUAGACGACGGAUCGCGACGUCCAUCUUUUACGAUUCGCCCCGGCGGGCGCGCGUUCCCAUUCGAGUCCAUCCGCUUUAAAGCGCGAUUUCGUCGCGCUUAACAACCUCGCGCCUUCGUUACCGCGCGCCAUUUUGCCGCGCGCGGUUUCGCGUCGCCCGGGUCGCAGUUAAAAAUCACGAACGCGGCGAAAUGGGUCAGCGCGCUGGCGAGGAGGCGCGCGCGCCUCGGAAGAAAGCAAUUAAUUGUAAUUUCGCAAACUCGCCGGCGUGACGCUCUCCGACAGGACGGCCGUUUUGCAUUCGAGUAACGAAAUUUCGACGUUGGCGCGAGGGCGGGCGGGGAGCGGAGCGACAAGAAAAACAGAAAAUGUCCAAAUACCGGCGCGCUCGUAAUUUUCGCCCAAGUGGCUGUUAAAUCCCCGCGCGGUCUAUUUAUCAUCUCGCCGCGCGCUCAGGGAUAUAUUUCGUAAUACGUCCGUUCGUAUGCGCGAGCGCGCAUCCAGCUUAAGUCCGAGAGUUGUAAAUUAUCGCUCGCACGGCGCGAACGAAUUAAUACGCGGGAGCGCGGCUGCCGGCCCGGAACACUUGUACUCGCCGACGUGGCUGUUGGACUUUCAGAAAGGCAACAGUUUCGAGUGCGCGACCCUAUUGACGAGCUUAUUGCUGGGACAGCGUUACAAUGCGUUCGUGGUGAACGGAUACGCAUCACGCGAACAAGCAUUAUGUGAUAUGACCAGAAGAAAAUGCCCGUAUUUGCCGGAAACGGAGCGAGCUCCGCCGCCGGCCGACAGGCCCAAAAUCAACAAGUACCAAUUGAAGGCGCCGCCUGAUUUCAAGAGUCGAUUCCUUCUGGAGUUGGAGGAGCACGAGAGAGCGAAGACAGAGGCAGAGUUGCAACGACAAGAAAAAGAGCGACAGAGGGUGAUCACUGAGUUCGAGCGUCCACGACCAGAUAAGUAUUUCGGUCACCGAGUACACGCAUGGGUGGUUAUCCUGCCGGAGGAUAAAGGCGUAAGAAGUCGGGAAAUCACCGAGCCGAUUUUCCUCGAGCCAUCCUCCGGAAUGUCUUACGACCCGACCGACGAGGAAACGAAUUCGUUGUAUCUGGGAGUCGAGAGUAUUUGGAACAAUCAGAAUUAUUGGGUAAAUAUGCAGCCGCGUGGAAAGGGCUGCGCAGAAAUGAACUGGGACUUGAGUAAGAUCGAGUUCUGGGAACACCUCCUUCCCGGGGAGCCGCGAGUCGCGCGAAAAGACGCGGACGAGACCGAGGAUGACGCGGGCGUGAAACAGGACCAGCAUUUGGACAUGCCGGCCUCGUACGUGAGUGAAAUCCGAAUUCACAGUUUAGAUUUUGAAAGACGAUAUCCGCAGGGCAGUAAAACGAUACUUUACAAAAAGGCCAAGGUAGAAUUAUACGCGCCGUACAUUCGGCCCGAUAAUUUAACUCAGAGAGUAACCGUUUACGAAGAUUACGAGUAUACCACUCCUGUCCAAAGUUACGACAAAUAUUCGAACAGAGGCGACUGUCUCGUGGAAUCCAGGAAAGACUUCGUUACGAACACCGUCACGAAUUUCUUUGAGAAAGGUCGACCGGAUCAUUGCAGAGGUAUUGUUCGGAAUAAAAUGUCACAGCGCGAACUCAGGGUCUCGCUCUUGAUAAUAAAAAAUAUUUCAGCGCAUCGAUAUCUUGGGUCCAAUAGCGAUUCGAUAGACGGCGAGAGAACAAUAAAUUUUUACGAUAGCGCACAAUUUGACGGGCUGUCGCGCAUCGAGACGGGCUCGCUUCAUUUGACUCAACAUUACGUGGAUCGUGACGACCUCUUGUAUUACAGACACACCGAAUUUUCAGCAAACCAGGACAAUACGGCGGACGGUAUCCGUUCUCGACGCAUUUCGAAGAUCAUUGAGAAGUAUCACAGGAACGAGAAAAUCCCGGCAUCCAAGGACGUGGCUAUCCGUGAGUUCGCGAUGAUCGAAAACGAAAUCUGUAUUAAAUUUCAUUACGAUCAAGACCGGAGUACCCGAGCUACUCGCACUUUCAUAAAACCGUCGAUGGCGGACAGGGGAGAUCGACUAGUCUUCGAUCCUACGAUGACCUAUGGAUAUAACCCAGAUCUGACUGCGCCGCCGGAGAAAAAUCUCGAUCUCUUUUACGCGCUCGAUAGACAUCUGAGGGACGAAGAUCACGCUGUAUCUCACAUCAGGGACGCCGAAGCCGAUAUUGCAGCAUUUCUACGAAGAAGGGCCGAUGAAAAUCUAAAUCCGCAGUCGACAAUUUCGUUAUUCGACAGAAAUCGAACGGCUAAAACAGUCGAAUUAGACGUGAAAGCGAUGAGGCGAUCGAGUAAACGCGAAAUUAUGGAAGAGAUCAACGAAUUGGGACCAUAUCUCGCGCGAAUAGGCAAUCCGGCGUCUGUCAGUAAAACGGAGGCGUAUCUGCUGCGCGACGAUUGUUUGAGCGACUUCAAGCAGGUGUCCGUUCACAAAGCAAAUCGUAUUUUACGUAUGAUCGAAAAACAGGCUGCGGAAUUAGAGAAGAUACAGGCCCUUCUAACGCAGUCUGUCGAUUUAUCGAAAGCGGAGGAGGAACAAAUACUAGCCAAGAUAAACGAGACAAGCUUCGAUAUACACGUGUUAGAAACGUAUCUCAAUCAGCACAGAAAUAUGGUACCGCAGAGAUACAGGAUACUGGUAGAUCGUUUACGGCAAAAUCCGCAUCUCCAAGUACUUAAGAAACAUUGAAAAACCAUAUUAAGAAAUGUAU